AUGGCCUGCCUCGGCGACAUGUUUCCGUAUGUAAUAAUCCCACCAUGGUUCAAGCAAUUCUGCUCCAAUCGAUGCGGCUCCGAAGAUUUGACGGACUGGGACGAUGGUGGUCAGGGUGUGAACAGCCAUUUCGCAGGUGGUGCUGUCGUUUAUGAUGAACCACGGAGUGGCUCUUCGGAGUAUCAACCCCCAAGACCGUUAGCCUAUGAGAACGGCCAGCCAAACCUGCCGGUGUCAACGAAGGGUCAGCAAUACGGCUUUGUUCCAAAAGAGUACAAUUACUCCUUAACUCCCAAGAUACAGCCCAUCAAACCAGCUUCACCAGUGAGUCCAGCAGAAGAGGCCAGGGCGGUGAUCACACCAACCUUGCGCAGGGAUCGACCACCAAGUUUCAUGAGUAGUGGAGAAAUUAUCGCACUCCCUAGCCCACCCCCGCUUCUAGUACAGAGAUUAACUUUGGAAUCUCCUAUUUCACGGCAUAUCACGACUUUUCCUCGAAUAUCACUCCAACGCAAGCUAGACACCGCUCGUGAAUGGGUACCAAAUUCAGUCUGGGAACUAUUUGGAGUGGAACAAUCUGCAAGUCUUAUGAUCUAUAUAUAA